CGCUAACAUUUGCCAUCACAUCAACGAAUUUGCGAGUCGUCACAUCCCGGCCGGGGAUUCGAUUGCUGAACCCGGCUUGGCUUUCAUUGGAUCCAUUUGAUAGCCCGGGCUUACACCCUCUGCUUCCCUGGCUCAAGUUUGUCGGUUGUUCACAGGAGCCGCAUCCAUUUCAUCGAGAUGUCCUCUGAGGAUUCUGGUCUGCCUUCAGCCUCCGAUCUUAUCACAUACAUUGGCGUUCCGCUGACAGUCAUUGGUUUGCUCCCAAUUAUUUACAAUGUGGUUGCCACUCUGAUACAUCUGCAAAAGAUCAAGCGGGUGCUGCGUCGUAACGGGAUCUCUCCACCACUGCGCUCAGAUAUUUUCAAUCGUAUUGUUGAGGUCGAGUUCCCCUGGUACCGAAUUCAAUCGCCACAGCCACAACUCAGUGAUGGUGCCACAGAAAAUCAAUCAAUCGCUUCGAAUAACAACAUUCGCCUAAGAAAUCUGAGCUCUACGACAUCGACAUCGAGAGAAGAAUGCCUUCCUCCGAUAAAACACAGUGAUAUCCCUGGAGGUAGUUGGUCAUUCUUGGAAUGGAAAGGGCACCAAAUCGGGACGAAAACCCAAAGAACACAACCUGGAGACAAUCUUCGACAACCUCGGGCUCAGAUACGCUUCUGGGAUCUGAUCCUCCGACUUUACCAGUCGGCUCGCGGGACAGUCGACACAACGGGGUGGUCUGAGCUUCAAGAAAGUCCACUUUGGGUGAGAGGACGUCACUUGAUGACUCUGAGUGACACUCCGCAAAAGUCAACCUUGAUACUUCAGGUAGCCUCCUAUCAUGACUCCGAAAGCUCAAUUUCCCUUGAGCUCGUUCGGUCCGGUCCGAGGAGUGACUGGUCAUCUUUCCUCAGGGACGAGCCAGUGAGAUUUACUACGCAUGGAUCUAUCACUCUUCCGUGUCACAAUCAACUGGAUCAAAAAAGCCGGGAGACAGAGGAUGAAGUAGCGAGCGAUGCUGGCUCAAUAAUGUGCGACGUGACGGUCGAUGGGUUGGUAGCUGUAUACCCAAGCUCCAGGAAUUGGGACUCGUUCAACAUCGAACAUUUGCGAAUCGGAAAUGGUCUCAGACACCACCAGGGGGUUUGGUUCGCCAGUUGUGCGAUGGUACUGUAUGCGCGAAGUUCAACUCCGAUUUUGGAGUACAGAGUCCCAAUCAACAUACGACGGCUCGCUAAGACAGCUUUUAUUCCGGAAGGCGUUAUUAGAUCACUGUAUGGCAAAGGAGGCGAAGAAAUACCAUUCAUGAUUACCCGCAAAUACCUCAAACCAGAAGGGGGUGGACAGGAAGGAGAAAUACAUCCACCAGUAACAGAUACCUACAUUUGGAAAGAGAGAGAAAUGAACAUACGCAAAAAGAGCCGGGCGGAAUUUGAUAGCCAGAUUAAACGCAUAGAAAAUGUUGUAAACACGACUGCUAUGAAAGGCCCAGAGCUUCAAGAGGCCACCAUCGAUUGGUUGCGAUCCCGAGGUCACAUCCCAGCCACGCAGUCCAUGGAGGAAGCUACAAAGACUAUCCUAUUUCGCAUGGUAACUGAACAAGACUUUGCUAAGUCUCUGUGUAGAAUAUUGGAUAACUGGAACGAAUGGGUGGGGAGAGGCGAAAUGAGCGUGAUGGACUUCUGUAUUAUCAACCAGAUCAAAGCCACUUUUGCACAGGCCAGCCUGGUCAUUUUGGUUCUUGCUGAUCUCGAGAAUGGACCAGCGUUUGAGUUGGAUAUUAUGCAGGAAUGCGCAGCGAAAUGGGAGUAUGUGGAACUAGGGUAGUCAGUUGAGCGUCGCGUACUUAGGUGAGAGUCGUAUGAUAUGAGCUGAAUCUUUCUCCUGUGUCAGCAUCUGCCCAAUUGCAACAUCAUCAAGCAAUUCUUAUCAAUUCUCA